AUGGCGCGGCAUGCUUGCAGUUCCUUGACUUUUCAUUCAGAGUAUAUAGCAAAUGCAAAUCGUCAGGCGCUGCAGCCGCAUCGUCAGGUUCCGCCAAAGGAACCGCCAGUUGAUUACGAUAUUUCUCCAUCUCGCAUUCCGCCGGUUCGCUCGCCGACUUCGGACCACUCCGUCACCUCAGCAGCUAGCCCGUCACAGACAUCGUCCGUCAGCACAACAUCAUCAUCGAUACACGAGUCUCGUAUUUUUGCAUCAUCUGCGAGGCAAAAUCAGAUUUUCGAUGUCGACCACACACCAGCUUCAUCGUCAACAUCAUCUGUGCAGCAUGUCGACCAGAACGGCACAAGUGCCAGGUCUUUUUUUUCAAAUACAGUAUUAUCAAGCAAAAGGGUAGGAGAAGUCGUUUGA